UAGGGGUAAGUGUACUGGAGAGAGUUGGUUAUACAUUCUAGGAAUCUCAAAGGAUCUGGCUCUGUCACCCAGGCUCAAGUGCAGUGACGUGAUCUCAGCUCACUGUAACCUCCACCUCCCGGGUUCAAGCGAUCCUCCCAUCUGAGCCUCCCAAGGAGCUGGGAUUCAGUGAUCAGUCUUUGAGCCUUUCCUACACUGAAGAUGGUGAAGCUAGAUAUUCAUACUCUGGCUCAUCACCUCAAGCAGGAACGCUUAUAUGUAAACUCUGAGAAACAGCUCAUUCAGAGGCUCAAUGCAGAUGUACUUAAGACAGCUGAAAAGCUGUAUCGUACAGCAUGGAUUGCGAAGCAACAGAGAAUCAAUUUGGAUCGGCUUAUCAUAACCAGUGCUGAAGCUUCCCCUGCUGAAUGUUGCCAACAUGCCAAAAUUUUGGAAGAUACACAAUUUGUUGAUGGAUAUAAGCAAUUGGGAUUUCAGGAGACUGCUUAUGGAGAAUUCUUGAGUCGAUUGAGGGAAAAUCCUCGUCUUAUUGCCUCCUCUUUGGUUGCUGGAGAGAAACUUAAUCAGGAGAACACACAAAGUGUUAUUUACACAGUUUUUACGUCCCUAUAUGGCAAUUGCAUCAUGCAAGAAGAUGAAAGCUACCUCCUUCAGGUUUUGCGAUACUUGAUUGAAUUUGAACUUAAAGAAAGUGACAACCCUAGGCGACUUUUGAGGAGAGGAACUUGUGCCUUCAGCAUCUUAUUUAAACUUUUUUCUGAAGGACUGUUUUCUGCCAAACUUUUCCUCACAGCCACUCUACAUGAGCCAAUUAUGCAACUCCUUGUUGAAGAUGAAGAUCACCUGGAAACAGAUCCGAACAAGCUAAUUGAGAGGUUCUCCCCAUCUCAGCAGGAAAAACUCUUUGGAGAGAAGGGCUCAGACAGAUUCAGGCAAAAAGUUCAAGAAAUGGUGGAGUCCAAUGAAGCCAAACUAGUGGCUUUGGUGAACAAAUUUAUUGGUUAUCUCAAACAGAACACAUACUGUUUUCCACAUAGUUUAAGGUGGAUCGUGUCUCAGAUGUACAAAACCCUCUCCUGUGUAGAUAGGCUGGAAGUGGGGGAGGUCAGGGCAAUGUGUACUGAUCUCCUGUUGGCCUGCUUCAUUUGUCCUGCAGUUGUCAAUCCAGAACAGUAUGGAAUAAUUUCUGAUGCUCCUAUUAAUGAGGUAGCACGAUUUAAUCUGAUGCAGGUAGGCCGCCUUUUGCAGCAGUUAGCAAUGACUGGCUCUGAAGAAGGAGAUCCCCGAACAAAGAGCAGCCUUGGAAAAUUUGACAAAAGCUGUGUUGCCGCGUUCCUUGAUGUUGUGAUUGGGGGCCGUGCAGUGGAGACCCCUCCAUUGUCUUCCGUUAAUCUUCUGGAAGGAUUGAGCAGAACUGUGGUUUAUAUAACCUAUAGUCAGCUUAUUACUCUGGUGAAUUUUAUGAAGAGUGUGAUGUCUGGAGAUCAACUGAGAGAAGAUAGAAUGGCUCUUGACAAUUUAUUGGCAAACCUACCCCCAGCCAAGCCAGGAAAAAGCAGCAGUUUAGAAAUGACUCCCUACAAUACACCUCAGCUGUCUCCGGCAACCACUCCAGCAAAUAAAAAGAAUCGAUUACCUAUAGCAACUCGGAGCAGAAGCCGCACCAAUAUGCUAAUGGACCUACAUAUGGACCAUGAAGGAUCAUCUCAAGAAACCAUCCAGGAGGUGCAACCAGAAGAGGUGUUGGUCAUUUCCUUAGGGUGGACCCACCAUGACACACCAUCACAUGCUAAGCUCCCUGUGAACAGUUGUGAGGCCCUUCACAUUAAUACAUCUGUAGCACUGAAGUUGGUUCUAAACAUGCAUCUUUCGGAUGGAGGACAAGGCGAUGUCCCUGUUGAUGAAAACAAACUCCAUGGUAAACCUGAUAAAACCUUGCGCUUUUCCCUCUGCAGUGAUAAUCUGGAAGGAAUAUCUGAAGGUCCUUCAAAUCGCUCCAAUUCAGUGUCCUCCCUAGACCUGGAAGGAGAGUCUGUGUCAGAACUUGGAGCAGGACCUUCUGGCAGUAAUGGAGUUGAAGCUCUACAGCUGUUAGAACAUGAGCAAGCUACAACACAGGAUAACCUUGAUGAUAAGCUAAGGAAGUUUGAAAUUCGUGACAUGAUGGGAUUAACAGAUGAUAGGGACAUAUCAGAAACAGUGAGUGAGACCUGGAGUACAGACGUCUUGGGGAGUGACUUUGACCCUAAUAUUGAUGAAGAUCGCUUGCAAGAAAUUGCAGGUGCUGCAGCAGAGAACAUGUUAGGCAGUUUGCUGUGCCUCCCAGGUUCAGGGUCAGUGCUUCUUGACCCCUGCACUGGUUCUACCAUAUCAGAGACAACAAGUGAAGCUUGGAGUGUAGAGGUAUUGCCAAGUGACUCAGAGGCCCCAGACCUAAAGCAGGAGGAGCGUCUACAAGAACUGGAGAGCUGUUCUGGACUGGGUAGCACAUCUGAUGAUACGGAUGUCAGGGAGGUCAGUUCCCGCCCCAGCACACCAGGCCUCAGUGUUGUGUCCGGCAUAAGUGCAACCUCUGAGGAUAUUCCCAAUAAGAUUGAAGACUUGAGAUCUGAGUGCAGCUCUGAUUUUGGGGGUAAAGAUUCUGUCACUAGUCCAGACAUGGAUGAAAUAACUCAUGAUUUUCUUUAUAUACUUCAGCCAAAACAACCUUUUCAGCACAUUGAAGCAGAAGCAGACAUGAGAAUCCAGCUGUGUUCUAGUGCCCACCAGCUGACCUCUCCUCCUUCUCAGUCAGAGUCUCUGCUGGCCAUGUUUGAUCCACUGUCUUCACAUGAAGGGGCUUCUGCUGUGGUAAGGCCAAAAGUUCACUAUGCUAGGCCAUCGCAUCCACCACCAGAUCCCCCAAUCCUGGAAGGAGCUGUAGGAGGAAAUGAGGCCAGGUUGCCAAACUUUGGUUCCCAUGUGUUAACUCCAGCUGAAUUGGAGGCAUUCAAGCAAAGGCAUUCUUACCCUGAGAGACUAGUUCGAAGCAGGAGCUCUGAUAUAGUAUCUUCUGUGCGGAGACCCAUGAGUGACCCCAGCUGGAACCGGCGUCCAGGAAAUGAAGAGCGAGAACUCCCUCCAGCUGCAGUCAUUGGUGCUACUUCUUUGGUGGCUGCACCUCAUUCAUCAUCUUCAUCCCCGAGUAAGGACUCCUCAAGAGGAGAGACUGAAGAACGCAAAGAUAGCGAUGAUGAGAAAUCAGACAGAAACAGACCUUGGUGGAGAAAACGUUUUGUUUCAGCCAUGCCUAAAGCUCCUAUACCAUUUAGAAAGAAAGAAAAACAAGAAAAAGACAAAGAUGAUCUGGGGCCUGACAGAUUCUCAACACUCACAGAUGAUCCCAGCCCUAGACUCAGUGCACAAGCUCAGGUCGCUGAGGAUAUUCUGGACAAAUACAGGAAUGCCAUUAAACGGACCAGCCCCAGUGAUGGAGCAAUGGCAAACUAUGAAAGUACAGAGGUUUUGGGUGAUGGUGAAAGUGCACAUGAUUCUCCCCGUGACGAGGCACUGCAGAACAUCUCAGCUGAUGAUCUCCCAGACUCUGCGAGCCAAGCAGCCCACCCGCAAGAUUCAGCUUUCUCUUACAGAGAUGCGAAAAAGAAACUGAGGCUUGCUCUUUGCUCUGCGGACUCUGUUGCCUUCCCAGUGCUGACCCACUCAACAAGGAAUGGUUUACCAGACCACACAGACCCAGAAGACAAUGAAAUUGUAUGCUUCUUAAAAGUUCAAAUAGCUGAAGCAAUUAAUUUACAAGAUAAGAACUUAAUGGCUCAACUUCAAGAAACAAUGCGCUGUGUGUGCCGUUUUGAUAAUAGGACUUGUAGGAAACUGCUGGCUUCUAUUGCUGAGGACUACAGAAAAAGAGCCCCAUAUAUUGCUUAUCUCACUCGUUGUCGACAAGGACUACAGACCACACAGGCUCACCUGGAAAGGCUAUUGCAAAGGGUUUUGCGAGACAAAGAAGUGGCCAAUCGAUACUUUACCACCGUCUGUGUGAGACUACUGCUUGAGAGCAAAGAAAAGAAGAUCAGGGAAUUCAUUCAAGACUUUCAGAAACUCACCGCAGCUGAUGAUAAAACUGCUCAGGUAGAAGAUUUUCUGCAGUUUCUUUAUGGUGCAAUGGCCCAGGAUGUCAUAUGGCAAAACGCAAGUGAAGAACAGCUUCAAGAUGCACAGCUGGCCAUUGAGCGAAGCGUGAUGAACCGCAUUUUCAAGCUCGCCUUCUACCCUAAUCAGGAUGGGGACAUACUUCGCGACCAGGUUCUUCAUGAACAUAUCCAGAGAUUAUCUAAAGUAGUGACUGCAAAUCACAGAGCUCUUCAGAUACCAGAGGUUUAUCUUCGAGAAGCACCAUGGCCAUCUGCACAAUCAGAAAUCAGGACAAUAAGUGCUUAUAAAACCCCCCGGGACAAAGUGCAGUGCAUCCUGAGAAUGUGCUCUACGAUUAUGAACCUCCUGAGCCUGGCCAAUGAGGACUCUGUCCCUGGAGCAGAUGACUUUGUUCCUGUGUUGGUGUUUGUGUUGAUAAAGGCAAAUCCACCCUGUUUGCUGUCUACUGUGCAGUAUAUCAGUAGCUUUUAUGCUAGCUGUCUGUCUGGAGAGGAGUCCUAUUGGUGGAUGCAGUUCACAGCAGCAGUAGAAUUCAUUAAAACCAUCGAUGACCGAAAGUGACCAAGACCAAGGCCCACCAAGGCAGCAGACUGUUAAUCAAACAAACAGAUCUCUAAGAAGGCGCAUCAGCUGCUUUGAAGGCUGAAGAUUGUUUUUGUAUAAUAUUGUACAGCUUCAGGCAUUUUAAAGCAGAUCUUUACUAAACAGGUUAAUGAGCUAACAAGCAGGUUCUCUUUGGGCUCUUUCCUUUCUGAGUUGCAUAUUCUAUUUUCUUGUCCCCAAGUAGAGUCUAAUACGACAAAAAGGGACCACAUUUUUCAGGUAUUUCUAAAUAUUAAAAAACAGAACAAAAAUCUCUUAGAAAAUUUCUAGACCUCCAUUCUUGGAUACCCUUUCUUUCCUUUUAUUUUAAAAAAGAACAGUACCCCUCUUUUAAGAUGCUGUCUUAUAUUAAUGUGCAUCUAAUGGAAAGAAGAUACGAGUUGCACUGAGGAUUAUAAUAGUGGUACAUUAGUGGCAUUAUCUAUAAAUACACUCACCUAAAUUGAAAAGCUAAGAAGGAAAUGUAAAUAUAAUAUAUAUUUAUAUUUGAUGUAAUAUGGACAUCUGCAGAUUCUAAUAAACAAGGACUAUUGCUGAUAGUAGGCUGUGACAUACUGUCUUGUGAAAUGGUUUCCUUGACAAGAUUUAAGCUGAGCUUAAAAGCAAAAAACAAAAAGUACACAGAAAUAUUUAUUAAAAUGUAAUACAGUUUAUUGGACUUUCUAAGUAUGGCGUUUGAUGGACAGGGCUGUCUUUAAUGAGUGUGAAAGUUACUAAGUCACUUAGACAUCUCACCGUGGAAGUUUGUGAGCCUGCAUUAGGAGAUAGACUGAUUACCAUACACAACGUAAAAAGGAACAGUGGAUAGCUCAUACUUGAUGGUGGUUCUUCUCCUCCGAAAUAAUAUACUGCAGAAAUCCCAGACAGAGCUCCUUACAAACCUUUAAUUGUAAUAUAUUUUUGAUGAUUAUUCACAUUGAAUGCACAGACCAAGAAUUCAGUGAAUGUCAUUUUUUAAAAAACUAAUUUGUAUUGUCUGCUCUAGUGAUACAAGUUUUACUAGUGAUAAACUAUUUUAAUCAACC